CAUAGAAAACAAAAAGAAAAACACGUUAAACAAAUGGAAUAGCAGGCGGCUGGCGGAAUAUCCUAGCAACAGCAAACAAUUAUAAUUUCUAGAACUUUAUACAGAAAUCAAUUAACAUUAAAACUAAAGUCGGCGGAAUAUAACAGCAGUAAAUAAAAAAAUGGCUGACGGCGAUAAGAUUGAAGUGCGUGACAUUACGCGUAUAGAACGCAUUGGCGCUCACUCACAUAUACGCGGGCUUGGUUUGGACGAUGUGUUGGAAGCGCGUGCAGUAUCGCAGGGUUUGGUUGGUCAAAAGGAUGCGCGGCGUGCCGCAGGUGUUGUAGUGCAAAUGGUACGGGAAGGCAAAAUCGCUGGGCGUUGCAUACUGUUAGCCGGUGAACCGAGUACGGGCAAAACGGCAAUAGCAGUGGGUAUGGCACAAGCACUUGGCACAGAGACGCCAUUCACCAGCAUGUCUGGUUCGGAGAUAUACUCGCUGGAGAUGAGCAAGACAGAGGCGCUAUCGCAGGCGCUGCGCAAAAGCAUUGGCGUGCGCAUCAAAGAAGAGACGGAGAUUAUUGAGGGUGAAGUAGUUGAAAUACAAAUUGAUCGGCCAGCAACUGGUACGGGUCAAAAGAUAGGAAAGGUUACUUUAAAAACAACUGAAAUGGAAACCAAUUACGAUUUGGGCAACAAAAUUAUCGAAUGCUUUAUGAAAGAGAAAAUACAAGCUGGUGAUGUUAUUACAAUCGAUAAAGCUUCAGGCAAGGUAACCAAAUUAGGACGCAGUUUUACACGUGCACGCGACUAUGACGCUACCGGUGCACAGACACGCUUCGUACAGUGCCCCGAAGGUGAACUGCAGAAGCGCAAAGAAGUCGUGCAUACUGUGACAUUACACGAAAUCGAUGUUAUCAAUAGUCGCACACACGGUUUCCUUGCAUUAUUCUCAGGCGACACGGGCGAAAUCAAACAAGAAAUACGCGAUCAAAUUAACAACAAAGUACUUGAGUGGCGAGAGGAGGGCAAAGCUGAAAUAAAUCCGGGCGUGCUAUUUAUCGAUGAAGUGCACAUGUUGGAUAUAGAGUGUUUCUCCUACCUCAAUCGCGCACUUGAAUCCGAUAUGGCACCAGUAGUGGUGAUGGCUACAAAUCGCGGAAUAACACGCAUACGUGGCACCAACUAUCGCAGCCCACACGGCAUUCCCAUCGACUUAUUAGAUCGCAUGAUUAUCAUACGCACGGUACGAUAUACAGAGAAGGAAAUCAAAGAAAUACUAAAAAUACGCUGUGAGGAAGAAGAUUGUCUUAUGCAUCCGGACGCAUUGACUAUUUUGACACGCAUAGCAACAGAUACCAGUCUACGUUAUGCGAUACAAUUGAUUACCACAGCAAAUUUGGUGUGCCGACGUCGCAAGGCCACAGAAGUCACCACUGAGGAUGUGAAGAAAGUUUACUCCUUAUUCUUGGAUGAGAAUCGCUCAAGCCAGAUACUGAAGGAGUAUCAAGACGAAUAUAUGUUUAAUGAAAUACAAGAAUCCAACGAGUGCGAAGUGGUUACGAAACGUGAAGAAAUUGGUGGCGGAGACGAUCAACCUAUGGAGCAUUAAAGGAGAAUUAAGACGAGUUUACUUGCGCACAUUCGAACACAUUUUCACUUUGUUUCAAAAAAAAAAACAUUGUAUUUCACUAAUUUAAUAAUAAACGAAAAACAUGCCUAUGUGUAGUUAGAAAUGAUA